UUAACAUUCUAAAAUUACUUUACUUUCAUAUAUAAAACAAACAACAGAAGUUGCAGCUAGAGUGCCUGUUAUACCAACAACUAGUUUACCAAUGACGACAACCAUUAUACCAACAACUAGUUUACCAAUGACGACGACCAUUAUACCAACAACUAGUUUACCAAUGACGACAACCAUUAUACCAACAACUAGUUUACCAAUGACAACAACCAUUAUACCAACAACUAGUUUACCAAUGACGACGACCAUUAUACCAACAACUAGUUUACCAAUGACGACAACCAUUAUACCAACAACUAGUUUACCAAUGACGACGACCAUUAUACCAACAACUAGUUUACCAAUGACGACGACCAUUAUACCAACAACUAGUUUACCAAUGACGACCAUUAUACCAACAACUAGUUUACCAAUGACGACAACCAUUAUACCAACAACUAGUUUACCAAUGACGACAACCAUUAUACCAACAACUAGUUUACCAAUGACGACAACCAUUAUACCAACAACUAGUUUACCAAUGACGACAACCAUUAUACCAACAACUAGUUUACCAAUGACAACGACCAUUAUACCAACAACUAGUUUACCAAUGACGACGACCAUAAUACCAACAACUAGUUUACCAAUGACGACGACCAUUAUACCAACAACUAGUUUACCAAUGACGACAACCAUUAUUCCAACAACUAGUUUACCAAUGACGACAACCAUUAUACCAACAACUAGUUUACCAAUGACAACGACCAUUAUACCAACAACUAGUUUACCAAUGACGACGACCAUAAUACCAACAACUAGUUUACCAAUGACGACGACCAUUAUACCAACAACUAGUUUACCAAUGACGACAACCAUUAUUCCAACAACUAGUUUACCAAUGACGACGACCAUUAUACCAACAACUAGUCUACCAAUGACGACAACCAUUAUACCAACAACUAGUUUACCAAUGACGACAACCAUUAUUCCAACAACUAGUUUAUCAAUGACGACCGUUAUACCAACAACUAGUUUACCAAGGAUGACAACUGUUAUACCAACAACUAGUUUACAAAUGACAACAACUGUUAGACCAACACCAUCGACUAUACUCACCCCAACAACAAGUGUACAAGUGACAGCAAGCGUUACAUUGACACCAUCUACUAAUUUCCCCAAAACAACUAAUGUGAUUACACCGACAACACCAGCUCAACCAACAAAUUCAACACCACCACCAUUUGAGGAUUGGUGCUGUGUUGCUUUCAUUAGAAAGCUGACCAUAUGUACUAAGAAACUGUUAGGACUAGUUCCAUCAUCAGUGAAAGUGGAACCUUGGUGUUACAGUGGUAACAUAGAUGCCAUAAGGCGAUGUGUAAAGGACCUGAACCGUGGGAAGCAAAAGGGUCAUUGGAAAAAUAGAGGAAAUUAGAUGAUGGACAAAAGAUAAAAACAUUGAGAGAGUCAAGAGUCACUAAACAUUCCUGAAAAUUCCCUGUAUCUGAAUCUAAAUUCAAAAAUCAAUUGAAAUAAAUUUAC